GCGAUGUCUGACCGACCUGGCCCAUCGCGGUCACCCCGCACACAAGACCAGAGCUCCAGCAGUCCUCGCGUGCUCUCCCCGGAUUUCACUAACCUUCGCCACCGCGGUCCAGCCCGCUCUGCAACUUUUGCAGAGGGCACGACCUCCAACCUGCAAACCCAGCGGCGUAAUUCCACAUUAUCCGAAUCGGUCUCAGAGGCUCGCCAUUCCAUUCGGUCCUCCACGGAUGAUAUACUUUUUCCACGUGUGGCCAAGGGAGGUGACGUCGACCUUACAAAUGAAGAAUCGCAUUGGCACUCGGCUCCCUUGGGUUUGGCUUUACUGCCUGCCAUUGCCGGGAUCUUUUUCCAGAACGGGAGUGCCGUCGUUACCGACAUCACCCUUCUUGUUCUCGCCGCCAUCUUUCUGAACUGGUCGGUUCGAUUGCCAUGGGAUUGGUAUCGUUCCGCACAAGCUGUCCGACAGUCUAGCGACAAAUACUUCGAGGCUACUGAGUUUCCAUUAAGCCCAGAGCCGAAUGACAGCCCCGACUCGGGUGAUAAAGCCUCGUCACCGAUUGCCCAGGAACAGCACCGCUCCAGCAAUGUUACUGCAGCCACGAAAGAGCUACAGAUCCACGAGCUCGCCGCUUUGGCCUCUUGUUUCAUCUUUCCAUUGAUUGGGACGUGGCUUUUGCACACUAUUCGAUCGAAGCUCUCUCGACCCUCAGAAGGUCUAGUUUCCAACUACAAUUUGACCAUCUUCCUCCUUGCCUCGGAGAUCCGGCCCUUUUCGCAUCUCCUAAAGAUGGUUCAAGCACGUACCCUGCAUCUUCAACGCAUCGUCGCAUCGCCCACGGAAGACGAGGUUGACAAAAUCGAUGUCCACAAAGUCCUCGACCUGACCAAACGCCUGGAAGAGCUCGAAGCUCACGUUGCCGAGACAGCCGCUGCACGACUCUCACCGGACCCUGCAGCACGUGCCGGGCAGCCUUCGCAGAGCGAUAGCACUCAUGCCCUCGUCGACCAGGCUACCGCCGAGAUGCGCAAGAGCAUUCAAUGGGACAUUGACGCGCUGAACCGCGCUGUGCGUCGCUACGAGAAGCGCACCACCGUCUCCGCAUACCAGACAGAGACGCGGUUCCAGGCCUUGGAGACCCGCGUGCACGACGCAUUCUCCCUGGCGGCUGCCGCCCAACGUACCAAGCCCCAGGGGCUGAUAAAUAUGUUUACUGGGUGGGUGUAUACGGCCAUUACCCUCCCUGGACAAGUCAUCACGGGUAUAGUCACUUUCCCGAUGCAGGUGGCCCGGCGUUGCCUGCGGUACUGCGGGGAGAAAGUGCUGACGAGACCGACCGGAUCCGCCACACCGCACAAGGACAAAAUACCUAGGGAGCGCAAGUCGCAGACCUCAAAGGGAACGAGACGUCCUGCGCCGCAGAACCACCCGGUCGACACACGGACGCUCGACCCAAUUAAGGAAUACAAAUAAUUUAGGUAGGUGCAUCUUGGCAGCCUACGGCGACUUUCUUGGCGGUCAUGGUGAAGAAAGAAAGAUCAUACAUAUAUUUCCUGGAAUACUAUUCUUUUCAGCGGUAACUUCGCAUCAACUCCUUCAUUCAUGGUUUUCAGACUCGAUUGGAGGGUCUCGGAACAGCACGCGUGAACACCCUCGGUAGUAGAAAGAGACGUACGCAAAACCUACUUGACUUUCAACCAUCUUACCCCACGCCUUUCCAACACAUACACCACUACGUAUGAUGAAGUAUAUAGCGGUGUACUGUAUAAAUACC